UUCUAAGUGAUUCAUUCAACCAUUCUGUUGAUGUAUGUUGUGUAAAACACGUUGAAUAAAUUUACGAAGCAUAUGUGAAAGGCGAUACAUCAAACACAAUGUGUGACUACCUGGAGGUGUCUGAUUCGGAAGGAAACUGCAUCAGAACCAAGAGAUACCAAGGAAAACCUUAUGUGGACAUUUUCGUGGGGAACAUCGAGGACCACUUAGAUAGACUAAGUUGUAUGGAGGUUCGAGAGGAUGACACAUUUGUACUCUCCUACCCAAAAUCAGGGACCCACUGGAUAUCCUCGAUCGCCAGCAUGCUCCGGACGGGAACAUCCGACUAUAUUGGAUCUCCGCAUUUCUUGGACUACAACGAAGUGGACUUCCUGGAAAAGUUACCGUCUCCGAGAAUAUUAGCCUCCCAUAUGACCUUUGACCGCCUCCCUCGCCAGGUCAGAGAGGGGAAAGGAAAAGUCGUGGUUGUGUCUCGAAAUCCGAAAGACGCGGCGGUGUCUCUUUAUCAUUUUUUGAUGAAAAUAAACCAAUCCGCAUUUAAAGGAUCCUGGGACGGCUUCCUGAAGUUUUAUUUGGAUGGAAACAUGUUUUACGGGUCCUGGUUCGAUACCUUCCUUGACUGGGAACGCACGCUACAAACUUACAAAGGAGAUAACAUCAUGCACCUUUUGUACGAGGACAUGAAGCAGGACCUGCUCUCUAGCGUCACGGAGAUAGCGACGUUCCUUAGCGUGACGUACGAUGUGUCCUACCUCAAAGAAGUCACUAACAAAUGCACGUUUUCAACCAUGGUCAAAACUAUCAGGGGUGACGUUAAACCGCAGGAUCAAGGAUUCAUCAAAGUGGUUUCAAACGAUCCCCUACUACCGAUCUAUAGGAAAGGUGAAGUUGGUGACUGGAAGAACCAUUUUACUGUGACACAAAAUGAAUAUUUUGACAAAAUUUACGCGGAGAAAAUGAAAUCUUCAACCUUUAGAUUUAGAUUCGAGUAGACUGUAUCUAGAUAUCACGUUAUACAGAACAAGAAACUGUUGUGUAUUUGAAUAGCCAGUUAGCCACGCUAAUUAUAUAAAGAGUCCAUUCCGGAUAUACGGUUAUUAUGUUAUACACGCCUCGCGUAUGAAUACGCACUGUUUGAUUAAUAAAAGUAGUUCGACAAUAUGGA